AUGGCGGCCUCGCGGCCGACCAUCGCUCCCGACGAGGAUAUCGCGGCCCUCCUCGAGCGGGCGCAAGUUUCUGCGCCCAUCUCAGAUAAGGUGGUGCCGCAGCUGCUGGCCCAGGAUGUCGGCAGCGUCGCGGCGCCGCUCGAGGCGGGCAGCAGCGCGGUGGCCGGCGGCGAUGGUGCUGCGGGCGAGCGCGCGGGCGGCGGCGUCGGUACAGGCGCUGCCGAGGGUGCCGUGCAUGCCGCAUUGCAUGCGAUUGCCGCAGCCGGGCUUAGCGGCCCCCGCGGCGGAGAUGGGACGCGCUCCGCUAGCGAGGAGCACGGCGGCGGGGCGGCGGCCGGCGGCGAGGGCCGCGGCGGCGCGCGCCCCCAAGAGGCGGACAGCGGCGCCUGUGAUGCGCAGGCCGCAGAGGGUGGAAUCGGAGGUGGGACCGAGGUGUCCAGUUUGGACCCCUUGGUGCCCGCGCUGCCGACGAGCGGCGAUGGGACGAUCGACGCUGCGAGGGAGGAUGAGGAGGAGUGGGCUGCGGCGGCGGCGGCCUACCGGCAGGUGUGCCCGGCCGCGGCGGCGGCGCCGGCGUUGACCAAGAGCGCUAGGAAGCGGCUCAAGGAGAAGGCGAGGAAGGGGCGGCGCGCUGCAGAGGCGGCGGGCGAGCCGGAGGUGGCGCCAUCGCCGGCGCCGCCGCCGGUGUUCAAGACGCUCAGGGAGAAGAAGGCGGCUCAGGCGUCAGCGGAGGGCUGGGCGGCGGAGGUGGCGAGGGCCGAGGAGCUCUACGAGGAGCUGCGCGAGCGCGCGCCCCAGCACUGCCGCCGUGGCGGCAAGUGGGCGCGCGAGAAGUUCGUGAUGGCGGUGCAGGGAGAGUUCCCGCGCGCGCGAGGGGCAGGCGUUCCCAAGGGGACGGUCCUGUGCCUCGGCAGGGUGCUCGACGCGCACGAUGAGCAGGAUGACGCGGAGGGUGGGCACCGGGACUGGGAGGAGGACCCGCUCGGGUUCGACACCAACCCGAUGCUGCUCCGCGCCAUCCUCGUCUCGCUCUUCGUCUACUCGAGCCUCGUCUCGUGUGCCGCCUCGUGGGCGGCGUGGCGUGGCGGGCGGCUGUCUCUGCCGCCGCCUCGAGUGAGCCUCGUCUCGCUCUUCGUCUACUCGAGCCUCGUCUCGUGUGCCGCCUCGUGGGCGGCGUGGCGUGGCGGGCGGCUGUCUCUGCCGCCGCCACGAGUGAGCCUCGUCUCGCUCUUCGUCUAUUCGAGCCUCGCCUCGCGUGCCGCCUCGUGGGCGGCGUGGCGUGUCGGGCGGCUGUCUCUGCCGCCGCCUCGAGUGAGCCUCGUCUCGCGCUUCGUCUACUCGAGCCUCGUCUCGUGUGCCGCCUCGUGGGCGGCGUGGCGUGGCGGGCGGCUGUCUCUGCCGCCGCCUCGAGUGAGCCUCGUCUCGCUCUUCGUCUACUCGAGCCUCGUCUCGUGUGCCGCCUCGUGGGCGGCGUGGCGUGGCGGGUGGCUGUCUCUGCCGCCGCCUCGAGUGAGCCUCGUCUCGCUCUUCGUCUACUCGAGCCUCGUCUCGUGUGCCGCCUCGUGGGCGGCGUGGCGUGGCGGGCGGCUGUCUCUGCCGCCGCCUCGAGUGAGCGUCGUCUCGCUCUUCGUCUACUCGAGCCUCGUCUCGUGUGCCGCCUCGUGGGCGGCGUGGCGUGGCGGGCGGCUGUCUCUGCCGCCGCCUCGAGUGGGCUUCGUCUCGCCCUUCGUCUACUCGAGCCUCGUCUCGUGUGCCGCCUCAUGGGCGGCGUGGCGGGGCGGGCGGCUGUCUCUGCCGCCGCCUCGAGUGAGCCUCGUCUCGCUCUUUGUCUACUCGAGCCUCGUCUCGUGUGCCGCCUCGUGGGCGGCGUGGCGUGGCGGGCGGCUAUCUCUGCCGCCGCCUCGAGUGAGCCUCGUCUCGCUCUUCGUCUACUCGAGCCUCGUCUCGUGUGCCGCCUCAUGGGCGGCGUGGCGUGGCGGGCGGCUGUCUCUGCCGCCGCCUCGAGUGAGCCUCGUCUCGCUCUUCCGUCUACUCGAGCCUCGUCUCGUGUGCCGCCUCAUGGGCGGCGUGGCGUGGCGGGCGGCUGUCUCUGCCGCCGCCUCGAGUGAGCCUCGUCUCGCCCUUCGUCUACUCGAGCCUCGUCUCGUGUGCCGCCUCGUGGGCGGCGUGGCGUGGCGGGCGGCUGUCUCUGCCGCCGCCUCGAGUGAGCCUCGUCUCGCUCUUCGUCUACUCAAGCCUCGUCUCGCGUGCCGCCUCGUGGGCGGCGUGGCGGGCGGGCGGCUGUCUCUGCCGCCGCCUCGAGUGAGCCUCGUCUCGCUCUUUGUCUACUCGAGCCUCGUCUCGUGUGCCGCCUCGUGGGCGGCGUGGCGUGGCGGGCGGCUGUCUCUGCCGCCGCCUGGGCCUCGUCUCGCUCUUCGUCUACUCGAGCCUCGCUUCGUGUGCCGCCUCGUGGGCGGCGUGGCGUGGCGGGCGGCUGUCUCUGCCGCCGCCUCGAGUGAGCCUCGCCUCACUCUUCGUCUACUCGAGCCUCGUCUCGUGUGCCGCCUCGUGGGCGGCGUGGCGGGCGGGCGGCUGUCUCUGCCGCCGCCUCGAGUGAGCCCCGUCUCGCUCUUCGUCUACUCGAGCCUCGUCUCGUGUGCCGCCUCGUGGGCGGCGUGGCGUGGCGGGCGGCUGUCUCUGCCGCCGCCUCGAGUGAGCCUCGUCUCGCUCUUCGUCUACUCGAGCCUCGUCUCGUGUGCCGCCUCAUGGGCGGCGUGGCGUGGCGGGCGGCUGUCUCUGCCGCCGCCUCGAGUGAGCCUCGUCUCGCUCUUCGUCUACUCGAGCCUCGUCUCGUGUGCCGCCUCGUGGGCGGCGUGGCGUGGCGGGCGGCUGUCUCUGCCGCCGCCUCGAGUGAGCCUCGUCUCGCUCUUUGUCUACUCGAGCCUCGUCUCGUGUGCCGCCUCGUGGGCGGCGUGGCGUGGCGGGCGGCUGUCUCUGCCGCCGCCUGGGCUUCGUCUCGCUCUUCGUCUACUCGAGCCUCGCUUCGUGUGCCGCCUCGUGGGCGGCGUGGCAUGGCGGGCGGCUGUCUCUGCCGCCGCCUCGAGUGAGCCUCGCCUCACUCUUCGUCUACUCGAGCCUCGUCUCGUGUGCCGCCUCGUGGGCGGCGUGGCGGGCGGGCGGCUGUCUCUGCCGCCGCCUCGAGUGAGCCUCGUCUCGCUCUUCGUCUACUCGAGCCUCGUCUCGUGUGCCGCCUCGUGGGCGGCGUGGCGUGGCGGGCGGCUGUCUCUGCCGCCGCCUCGAGUGAGCCUCGUCUCGCUCUUCGUCUACUCGAGCCUCGUCUCGUGUGCCGCCUCAUGGGCGGCGUGGCGUGGCGGGCGGCUGUCUCUGCCGCCGCCUCGAGUGAGCCUCGUCUCGCUCUUCGUCUACUCGAGCCUCGUCUCGUGUGCCGCCUCGUGGGCGGCGUGGCGUGGCGGGCGGCUGUCUCUGCCGCCGCCUCGAGUGAGCCUCGUCUCGCUCUUCGUCUACUCAAGCCUCGUCUCCGGGCGGCUGUCUCUGCCGCCGCCUCGAGUGCGCCUCGUCUCGCUCUUCGUCUACUCAAGCCUCGUCUCGUGUGCCGCCUCGUGGGCGGCGUGGCGUGGCGGGCGGCUGUCUCUGCCGCCGCCUCGAGUGAGCCUCGUCUCGCCCUUCGUCUACUCAAGCCUCGUCUCGUGUGCCGCCUCGUGGGCGGCGUGGCGUGGCGGGCGGCUGUCUCUGCCGCCGCCUCGAGUGAGCCUCGUCUCGCUCUUCGUCUACUCGAGCCUCGUCUCGUGUGCCGCCUCGUGGGCGGCGUAG